AUGCAUGAACUCUAUGUGAAGAAGGAAAAGUGUACAUUUGCGCAAGAGGAAGUAUUGUUUCUUGGCCACAUUGUUGGACAUGGUCAUAUCCGCCCAGAUCCAAAGAAGCUACAAACAAUUCAAGAUUGGGAGCCACUUCAUAAUGUUCACGAGGUGAGGCAUUUCCUUGGCUUGGCCAACUACUACAAGAAGUUUGUUGGAGGCUAUUCUAUGAUCGUAAGUCCCCUCAUUGAUUUGUUGAAGAAGGAUAGAAGUUGGAAAUCGGGAGUGUUGCAACAGAGUGCAUUAGAUGCAUUGAAGGAAAAGAUGACUGGGGAGCCAGUCUCACUCUUGAUGGAAGUAGGAAUUUCGAAUGGAUUUGAUUUCAAUAACAACACACUUGCUCUAAGUCUUUGGAAGGCUGAGAGCUCGAGCAGGAAAGGGGUGCACACUGCAAGUUGGGUUGAUGAUCCAUAG